AUCUAUGAGGAAAUGCUGAGAAACUUAUUUUCAAUCACUUAUCGAUUCGCUUCAUCUGAUUCUCCGAGGAAAGUCGUAGUUUGUGCAAACGGAACGAUUGCUGCCUGGCAUCCACCACAACAUUUUCCAUACGAGCAUACGAAACCAAUUGAUCUCGGUUCACUGACUAAAAAGGAUCAAAGCUCUCGUUUGUCAGCAGCAGCAAAAGCUUCUUCCAUUCCACGCGAGCCAGUUAACGCUGAGCUCAAGGACAUUUUCUACACGAGCAAGCACGAGUGGUAUUCCAGAACUCGCGAAGAACGCCUCCGCAACGUGGCUGCUCCAAUUCCACGUCGUAAAUAAUGCGUCUCUCCUCACUACUUCGUCAAAAAUCAACAGUAAAUGCUAUCGAUUUGGGUCAGAUCUCGUAUGGUGCCGCAUUGAAAGAACAACAAAAAUAUGUAGAUUUGGUUAAAGCGAAUAAAUCUGAAACACAUUCUUUAAAUUUUAUAUUGGCUCUCGAACACACACCGGUUUAUACAGUGGGCAUUCGAAGUAAAGGUUAUACAAAAGAAGAAGAGACAAGGUUGAUGAGACUUGGUGCAGAAUUUCAUAGAACAUCUCGUGGAGGGCUCAUCACUUUUCAUGGACCUGGGCAACUUGUUCUAUAUCCAAUUUGCGAUGUUCGCAGAAUUUCAAUCAAGCAACUAGGUGUUAGGCAUUUUGU